CCCUUUCUCUCUCUCUUCUUUCCUAGACCAUAACUGUACCUUUCUGCUCUAAAGCAAAACAAACCCAGUGGCCUCUUGUUCACCCCUCAAAAUGAUAGCCAUCUCUGCCGUCAGCGGAGCACUCCUGUUCUGCCUCCUUUGCGAAGCGAGUGCCGUCAUCUUACUCGAUUCCACUGACUCAUCCCCGCCAACCAAUAAUUUCACUGAUAUUGAAGCAGCUUUAGAAGCUCAGCUACGCUCUGCGGAUAUUCCCAAAGCCAGGCGGAAGCGCUACAUUUCGCAGAAUGACAUGAUCGCCAUUCUUGAUUAUCACAAUCAAGUUCGGGGCAAGGUGUUCCCACCUGCAGCUAACAUGGAAUACAUGGUUUGGGAUGAAAAUCUUGCAAAAUCUGCAGAGGCCUGGGCAGCUACUUGUAUUUGGGACCAUGGACCUUCUUACUUACUAAGAUUUUUGGGCCAAAAUCUGUCUGUACGCACUGGAAGAUAUCGCUCUAUUCUCCAAUUGGUCAAACCAUGGUAUGAUGAAGUGAAGGAUUAUGCAUUUCCAUAUCCCCAGGAUUGCAACCCGAGAUGUCCUAUGAGGUGCUAUGGCCCCAUGUGCACACAUUACACACAGAUGGUUUGGGCCACCUCUAAUCGGAUAGGAUGUGCGAUUCAUACUUGCCAAAACAUGAACGUUUGGGGAUCUGUAUGGCGACGUGCAGUUUAUUUAGUAUGCAACUAUGCUCCAAAGGGAAAUUGGAUUGGAGAAGCGCCCUAUAAAGUAGGGGUACCAUGUUCAGCUUGUCCUCCAAGUUACGGAGGAUCUUGCACUGACAAUCUUUGUUUUCCAGGAGUAACGUCAAACUACUUAUACUGGUUUAAAUAAGCUUAUCUUUUCCUCCAGGAACUAUAAUGAUUUCUGGGAAUCAUAGUCGUAUAUGUAUAUUGAAUUUUGCACAUUUUAUACAUAUUUUAUAAUAAUCUUAUUUUACUUUUGUUAUUCAUUUGUAUAAAUUAAUGUUUGUUUGGUAUGUUUGUUAAAUUUUUU